AUGGUUGCCACCCGUCCGGGCACGUCUCCAGGGGGAGGUGGCCGGGGCCGAGGGGACGGGGGGAGGGGAAGGGAAUGGGACGGGGACGGGGGUGUCCGAGAAGCCACGGCGCCCGCCACCGCCACUCUGCGCGCCCCCGGCCCCCCGGGAACUCCACGCGGGAACGCGCCCCGGGGACCCACGGAACCGCGGCCGAGGGGGGCGCGCAGACGUCACUCACGAAGUACCAAGGGCUGCGCAGAGCGCGGGCCCCGGGCUAUGGGGCCGCCGCACAGGUACCAACUGGGCCUCGCUCGGGCCGUCGCGCUCACCUCUCCAGCUGCGCCGCCUUCCUCCUCCACUGCCGCCGCCUCCUCCCGGGGUUGGUGAAAGUGUUCCAUGAAGGCUAAUCUUCACUGCAACUUCACUAGACUUGGAAUCACCUAGGAGACACACUUCUGCACAGGUGUUUCUGGAGAGGUUUAGCUGAGGAGGGAAGACCCA